AUGAACAGUGGCGGCGGCCUCCCGCCCCCCUCGGCCGCCGCCGCCUCCCCGUCCCCGUCCGCGUCGCCGUCGUCGUCGUCCUCGCUGGCGGCGGCCGUGGCGGUCGCGGUCGCGGCCUCGUCGGGCGGGGGCGUCCCCGGCGGGCCGGCGGCGGGCGUGAAGCUCAAGUACUGCCGCUACUACGCCAAGGACAAGACGUGCUUCUACGGGGAGGAGUGUCAGUUCCUGCACGAGGACCCGGCCUCCGGCGCGCCCGGCCCGGGGCUCGGCCUCCAUAGCAACAGCGUCCCGCUGGCGCUGGCGGCCGCGGCCGGGGCCGGCUUUCCGCCCGGGGCUCCCGGCGGGGGAGCAGGGCCGCCCGCGGGGCCCAAGAAGCCGGAGCUGGGCGUCCCGGCGGCGGCAGCUGCGGCAGCGAGCGGCGGACUUGAUGGACCGCGGCUGGCGAUUCCCGGAAUGGACGGAGGUGCUUUAACUGACACAAGUCUCACAGAUUCCUAUUUCAGCACCAGCUUUAUUGGAGUCAAUGGAUUUGGAAGCCCUGUAGAAACAAAGUAUCCCUUGAUGCAGAGAAUGACUAGUAGUAGCAGCUCCCCAAGUCUUCUAAAUGACAGUGCCAAGCCAUAUGCAGGCCAUGAUCCUCUGACUUCACCUGCUUCAUCCUUGUUUAAUGACUUCGGUGCCCUCAGCAUCUCCCAGAGAAGGAAGACACCAAAUCCUACUGCAAGCGAGUUUAUACCUAAAGGAGGAUCAACCUCCAGGCUGAGUAACGUGUCCCAGUCAAAUAUGUCUGCCUUCUCUCAAGUUUUCUCUCACCCAUCCAUGGGAAGCCCUGCUGCUGCUGGAUUAGCACCAGGAAUGUCACUGUCUGCUGGAUCCUCCCCUCUCCAUUCCCCCAAAAUUACUCCACACACUUCUCCUGCUCCUAGAAGAAGAAGUCACACUCCAAACCCAGCAAGUUUCAUGGUGCCGCCUAGUGCCUCCACUCCUGCCAAUAACCCCGUUCCUCAGACUCCAUCCUCUGGUCAGGUGAUCCAGAAGGAGACUGUCGGGGGGACGACUUACUUCUAUACAGAUACAACUCCAGCACCUUUGACUGGAAUGGUUUUUCCAAACUAUCAUAUUUAUCCUCCAACUGCACCUCAUGUUGCUUAUAUGCAACCAAAAGCAAAUGCACCUUCCUUCUUCAUGGCCGACGAGCUCCGACAGGAGCUGAUCAACAGACAUUUAAUAACAAUGGCUCAAAUUGAUCAAGCAGAUAUGCCAGCAGUCCCCACUGAAGUUGACAGCUACCAUAGCCUCUUCCCUCUGGAGCCACUGCCUCCCCCCAACCGGAUACAGAAAUCAAGUAAUUUUGGGUAUAUCACAUCUUGCUACAAAGCUGUGAACAGCAAAGAUGAUCUGCCAUAUUGCCUUCGGAGGAUACACGGUUUUCGUCUGGUUAACACAAAGUGCAUGGUGUUGGUUGAUAUGUGGAAGAAAAUUCAACACUCAAAUAUUGUAACUCUGCGAGAAGUGUUUACCACUAAAGCAUUUGCCGAGCCCUCGCUUGUGUUCGCGUAUGAUUUCCAUGCUGGAGGAGAAACUAUGAUGAGCAGACACUUUAAUGACCCGAAUGCCGAUGCCUACUUCACAAAGAGAAAGUGGGGCCAGCAUGAUGGACCACUGCCCAGGCAGCAUGCUGGACUGUUGCCCGAGUCUCUCAUUUGGGCGUAUGUUGUCCAGCUGAGUUCUGCUCUGCGCACUAUCCAUACAGCAGGUUUGGCGUGCCGAGUAAUGGAUCCAACAAAGAUUCUGAUAACUGGCAAAACAAGAUUGCGAGUAAAUUGUGUAGGAGUUUUUGACGUUUUAACAUUUGAUAACAGUCAAAACAAUAAUCCUUUGGCAUUAAUGGCUCAAUACCAGCAAGCAGAUCUGAUAUCAUUAGGAAAAGUCGUGUUGGCUUUGGCUUGCAACUCUUUGGCAGGAAUUCAGCGAGAGAAUUUACAGAAAGCCAUGGAACUGGUGACAAUCAACUACUCCUCUGACCUGAAGAACCUCAUCUUGUAAGUAUUAACAUUACAUGAAGCAGAUGCUUCACUACUCGACGACUUGGUUUUCACCCGCGUCUACUUGCGUCGAGCACGUUGCAAAACACAGGGGGCACCCUCCCGACCGCCCGCCUUGCAGUCCACUUGGGCACACGUCGCAUCGCGACUGCCUCCGGCGACCACACAUAUAUAUGCUCGCGCACUGAGUGCGAGGAUGCGUAACAGUGAGGACAAGAGCUUCUUCCGCUGCUGCCCCGAGCGCCUCGUGUUGCUCCCUUCUAUCUCGACACCACGUGGCGCUAACACGCGCUGCACCGGAAGACUCUCGCGCUUCGCGUCGCGCAGACUUAUGCCUCUUCGGAUCAACUGGUUGGCGCACGAGCAUUUUAGAGUACACUCGCUGAGGGACAGUUUAUCGAGCACAUGUGAGUUGUGCUGGUCCUGCUUCGACGGCGUCACUUCGCACGUUCUAACCUUCCCCCAAACUUACCACACCCAUUCUUCUUCCGGGCCUCGCUUCCACAGUUGCCGAGUGUCGGACUUCUCUACCUUCGCGGGUUAUUCCUCUUUCUGCCAUCUUACAAGCUACGGUCCUCGCACAAUCACCGACCUAUCCCGCAAGUCAUCGAGCAUCAUCUUCCGCUGGAUGCUCUUCGCUCGGGGCGGGCCAGCUGCUCAUAUCUACGACUGUUGCUGUCGCAUCGUAGUAGGCGCUAACAGUCGGCAUGUUCUCCUCGUCUCCAGGAGGAACCGCAUGAGUAGCAUCGGGCUGUGGCCGUCAUCGUCUAACAGUUCGACCAGAACUCCUCGGAUGCUACGGCGUAGCUGCGCUCGCUCCUUCAACCCGACGAGCUGCUCCGCCCAGGCCUUGGAUCCGAUCCGAUCGGAUUGGGGCGACUCAUGCUGUCGUCGACUCCGCACUGCACUGACGGCGGCCUCCAGACGGCACCCCGCGCUUAGACGUCCCAGCUCUUGCGAACUCUCGGACGUUGCAACGUCCGGCGCAGAUGACUUGCGCUCCACAGCACGCACACGCGCUGUCUUCACUACAUAUUUUUUUAUACCUUACCUCUUACAGCUAGAUGCUGGUGUGCCAGAGAAAAUAAGCCUGAUAUCCAGGGAUGAGAAGAGCGUGCUGGUGGUGACGUACAGUGACCUAAAACGCUGCUUUGAAAAUACCUUUCAGGAACUGAUUGCGGCUGCAAAUGGUAACGAUCGGAACAGUAGCUGAAGGAGCAGGCCCUGCUCUUCUCCAGGUUCGUUCGGAGCCUUCUUCAAAGAGCCUGCCAGUCAGAUAGAUACACUUACAUUGAUGCAAUUUUUAAUAGCAAAAAUGAAAUUGUGUUGAAGGCCUGAAGUUGAGGAGUUGUAUUACUCUAAGGUCUUUGCAGUUUGCUUUUUUUGUCUUUGAACUACAGCUUUAUAAUGGUACUUUACACUGGAUACAGACUUAGAGACACUGUGGAGGAGGUGGGCGGAGGAGCGCAGCAGUGGUCGAUGCUUGGCAGUCAGACUCUGGAGGGACACUUGUCCGCUGUGCCUUUGCGCUCUCUGCUUAACCCAAAGUGACUGCAGGACCGUCCUGAGAGCCCUCUCAAAGUUCGCAGUGUGCCUGCCUCCUUGGAACGCUUAUUAUUUGGACAUACCGUUGUCGCCAAACUCCUCAAGUAUUUGUGAGAUUUCUGGUCACUUUGAUACCGAAGACUGCCAAAUACAUAGGGAUUUUCUCCUAAGGCUGCCAUGAAGACUUCAUUUCCUUCUCAGAGCUGAGUGUUCAGUUUGUGCUGGGUGUGCGCCUCGAGACUAGGAAGAGAAUGGAGAGACUCAGAAGGUCAAGACAGACUCCCAAGCACCUGCAGCUGACGUUACUGUCUUCAUUUUUAACAAGCAUACGUAUUUGUAUAUUUCAGAGAAGUUUUUAACAUUUCUCUGUCCACUUUUUAUAAGCUUUAAAAUGAUUUUUCUCUGCCUUGAGAUUUGCAUCAAGAAAAAGCACCUCUCUUCACCGAAAAGCUUUGACUAGAGACACAGGUCACAUGUCUAACAAGCACGUCUGCAUCCACGAGUGGUCGCAUCAGUUGUCAAUGGAAAAUCAAUGGCUGCAUUUGAUCUGGAUGGAUUUAAAAGAACAUAAUGUUCACUAUUCGAAGGAUAAUGAACAUUUGCCACCAUGAUGGUCCUUUUGUUUAAAAGGGCCUUUUAUUUAAGAGGAACAAGAACUUUUGAUGUAACACGCAAAAGUCUUUAUCAUUAGCUCAUGUAUUUGAGGAAGAGCAGCUGUCUUUUUAUAUGUUUUUUGACAAAUCAUAUUGUAAUUCUUUUGUACAAAAAAGAACUACUUGUAUUCUAGAAGAAAUAUGAAAUGCUUAAUUUAUAAGCGGGCUGGAGAUUUUUUCCAAUAUUGUUUUCUUUGAAAAUGAAAGGGGAUCAUCUAUUUUAGUUUUGGGGGCCUGGGAACUUUUUGAAAAUUUUCAUUUGUGGACCAAUGUUAUGUGAAUGCUAAAGAAGGGCAGGGGUAAAUUAGGGCUUGAACCUCUUGAUCCGCAUAGACCAGCAAACUUCCCCUCUGCAAGGCAGGUUCACAUCACAAACCCAAUGUCUGCAUCGGAAACGCCAGUGUGCUUCAGCCCCUAGGAACCUCAGGGCUUGGUGUGGGUAGUUAAGGGAGUCAGCUGAACGUUUUCAUGAGUAAAUAUUGUCAGCCAGAAAACAGUUGGUGUCAGGUAAUGCAUAUUUUUUUAGCUUUAUUUUAUAUUUAUUUUUCAUUUCAUUUUUAUUGGGAAUGGUUUCAAAAGAACUCUGAGUUCUGCUUUGGUGUUUUUUGGGCGGAGGGUUUUUGUUUUUUUUUUUUUUUUUUUUUUUUUUAAGGGAGCCCUCUUUUCCACAAUGUAAACCCAUUUAGGAGGUUGUCUGAAAGUUAAUAUUUAGUCCAUAGGAAGCCUUUACUAUCUGAGAGUGUCGAAUUAAGGAUGUGAACUCCCCGUAACUUCCUGUUAGGACAGACAGAGCACGGAAAGGACAACCUGGAAAUCAUGUAGUGUCUCUCAUUUCAGCUGUCUGUGCCUCUUCUAAACCUGUUGGUAUUUACUUCUCUGCAGAUGCCUUUGAGGGUGCCCUUGAACUUUGCUUUGACCUUGGUUCUGUCAUUUGAAUAUCAACAUUGUCCCUAAAAAGCACCAGUAUGUUAAGUUCUAACGUCACAGUCCCAGUCUCUGUUGCUCAUCUUUAACCCUGUUCUCAGUCUCUAUGUGUAUAGCAGUAUUUUUUAAUAAAGAAUUGCAGAGAUAAA